CCCUCCAUUAUUUAUAUCCAACUCACUCGUGUUCUCGUAUUAUCUAUCUCUUGUCGCUGCAAUUUCUUUAUCCAAAUUCAAAGAAGUACUUUGGAUAUUACUGUUGCAGAUUUUUCUGAUUCCUGAGAAAUGGGUGGAAGUUUCAUUUCUGACAACCGCGAGUUUGAUUCUGCUUCAAAUAAAGUCCGAACAGUCGUUCUGGUUGGGCGUACAGGCAAUGGAAAAAGUGCAACUGGUAACAGUAUUCUUGGAAGAAGGGCAUUCAAGUCAAUGAGUAGUUUUGAUGGCGUUACCAAAACUACAGAGCUACAGAGGACCGUGUUGGAAGAUGGCCAAGUCCUUAAUGUGAUAGACACCCCUGGGUUGUUUGACAAAGCUGCUGAACCUCAGUUUGUUGAAAAAGAGAUUGUGAGAUGCAUCGGAAUGGCAAAGGAUGGCAUCCACGCAGUCCUUGUAGUCGUGUCACUUAGAAGCCGAGUCUCAAUGGAGGAAGCAGCUGCUAUUGAGACCUUACAAAAAAUUUUUGGAGACAAGAUUGCAGAAUAUAUGAUAUUGGUUUUCACAGGGGGUGAUGAACUUGAAAACGAGGAAGUGAAUUUUGACGAUUACUUGAGUCGUUCAGAGUCCAUAAAGGGAAUGCUUAAGCAUUGUGGGAACAGGCGGGUGUUAUUUGAUAACAGGACAAAAAAUGCAGCCAAGAAAGCUGAACAGCUUAAGCAACUUCUUUUCCUAGUUGACGACGUUGUCGUGAAAAAUGGAGCAAAACCUUAUACUAAUGAGUUGUUUGAUGAGUUCAAGAAAGCAGCUGCAAAACUUCGUGAUCAAGCUAAAGGGCUGAAUUCUUUGUCCAAAGAGGAGAAAAUUGAGCGGGAGGUGCAGAUAUAUCAAUCAUAUGAGGAGCAUCUGAAACGAAUUACCGAUAUGGUUGAGAAAAUGAUCACGGAUACAAGACGUAGACUUGAACAGCAAUUGAAAGAUGAAAAAGAUGCUCGGCUGAGAGCAGAGGCAGCUGCUCGAGAAGCUCUAUUGAAAUCAGAUGAGGAGAUAAGCGACCUUAGAAAGCGUUUAGCGGCAAGCCAAAAGGAGCGUAGCCCGUGGUCGUGGAUAUGCCCAAAUUUAUGACUGAAUAUACAUCUGCGGGGAGGGUGCUAAAUGCAACUUCCUGGAAAACUAAACUUACACAUUCAUUAUAGUUUAUGGUGCGGAAAGUGCUGAAUGCACUUUCUGGAUAAAUUAAACUUACAUAUUACUGUUUGUGGUGCAGAAAGUUCUAAAUGCACUUUCUGGAGAACUAAACUUACACAUUAUAUAUAGUUUAUGGUGCAGAAAGUGCAGCUAAAUGCACUUUCUGGAAAACUAAAUUUACACAUUAUAAUGUUUAUGGUACUGAAGUUUGCAGCUU